CCCGGGCGGCAAGAUGGCGGCGGCGGAGGGCGCGGUGCCGCUGCAGGUUGGCUUCGUGGGCGCGGGCCGCAUGGCGGAGGCCAUCGCGCGGGGCCUCAUCCGAGCAGGAAAGGUGGAAGCCCGUAAUGUAGUGGCCAGCGCACCAACCAACAGGAAUCUCUGCCACUUCCAGGCUCUGGGCUGCCGGACCACCCAUGCCAACCAGGAGGUGCUGCAGAGCUGUUUCCUCGUCUUCCUUGCCACCAAGCCCCACGUGCUGCCGGCUGUCCUUGUGGAGGUGGCCCCUGUGGUCACUGCUGAGCACAUUUUGGUGUCCGUGGCUGGGGGGGUCCCUCUGAGUACUCUGGAAGAGCUGCUGCCCCCGAGCACACGGGUGCUUCGCAUCUCGCCCAACCUGCCCUGCGUGGUCCAGGAGGGGGCUGUGGUGAUGGCGCGGGGCCGCUGGGCCAGCAACAGCGAAGCCAAGCUCCUGCAGACCCUGCUGGCAGCCUGUGGGUGGUGUGAGGAGGUGCCCGAGGCCUACGUGGACAUUCACACUGGCCUUGGUGGCAGUGGUGUGGCCUUUGUGUGCGCCUUCUCUGAGGCCCUGGCUGAAGGUGCCAUCAAGAUGGGCAUGCCCAGUGACCUGGCCUACCGCAUCGCCAUCCAGACACUGCUGGGCACGGCCAAACUGCUGCUGCAGGACGGCCGGCACCCCGCCCAGCUGCGGAUGGAUGUGUGCACACCAGGUGGCACCACCAUCCAUGGGCUCCAUGCUCUGGAGCAGGGUGGACUGCGGGCAGCUGCCAUGAGUGCCGUGGAGGCUGCCACCAGCCGGGCCAAGGAGCUUACCAGGAAGUAAGGCUCAGGAUGGGGCACAGGCCCCACAAGCCCUGAGUGCUGGGAACCGCCCAGCCUGGGGCACCAGAGAGUACACCAGUCUGCCACCCUAUCCCUCCAUGGCCCCUACCCCCAAGACAGCAUGGCUGUUCCCUCCCCCCUGUGAAGGGACAGGACUCAAGGGAUGGCAGGGCUCACUGAUGGGGAUACCAUGGUGACAGCCCUUUUAAGGGGAAGAUCUCUGUGGUGGGGUGCCCCGCAGGAUUGGGUGGUUGGCUACAGACAUGCAUAGCAGCCCCAGCCUGGUGCCCCGGUGCCCAGUGCCUCCCUCCGGUGCACCACAGGUCCAUUACAUGUGGCAGGUGCCCCUUUCUCCUCUUAGCUGUGGGUGUGUUGGAGGCAGCAAGCCUGCCUGAGACCACCUCCCGCAGUAAAGCCAGGGGCGUGAGGCUGCAUACCUGUCCUGUGCCUCGGUUGGCCUGCUGUGGGCUGUAUCCUUUGCUGCCAGCUACAGAGAGAACUGCACCAAGUCCCUUCCCCUGGGAGCCCACCUAGGGCAGAGCCUCCACUCAAGGGGCCAGCACGGUGCUCACACCAGCACUGCUCCUUGUGGUAGACUGUGGGUGGGGUAGGGGCCCCAGUGACCCCCCCCCGAGUGGGGAGUCUGCAGAGUCUGUUGCACACCACUGGCCUCUGCCUGCCUGGCUCUUCAGCAUGUCCCCAGUGGAGAGAGGUCAGGAAACCAGGGAUGCGGGUGAGAAAGCAGACAUGGUAUUAAAAGCUGGGGUGCUGGGGCCUUUGUGGGGGCUGGGUGGCCUGCUGUCUCCAAGGCUUACCUGAGUCUCUCCACUCAACCUGCUGCCCCCCCCCCCCGCUUCCUUUCCACGGCGUUGGCAGCUUGGCUCCAGUCCCCAACAUGCUGCUAGUCGGCUGUGCCACCCAGAGCAGAUUGACCUCUUUGCUGACAGGGCUCAGGGAGGUGCCAGUCCACCAAGAGAGCCCUGUCCCUGCCUCCCCCCACCAGCAGGAGAGCAGUGCUCUCCCAGCGCCAGCCCCAGCCCAUCCCCAGUCCUCAGCAAACUGUCGUUGGGCCGAUGGGGGUCUGCCACAUGUCAGGCGGGUAACCUUGUGACUGCUUCCAUGCUCUGAUUUCUCUGUAAGGUGGGCACGAAGACUCAACAUUACAGGACUAAAUGAGAUGUCAUUUAACUGGAGCUAAUAAAGCCAAAUUUCAACUGCUUA